UUUUUGUGACAGGUAUGGUUUCAAGGGCCGCAAUACUGUUACUGAUGGGACUUCUGGGAAUGGUUUAUCAGGCCACACAGCUUCCGCCGCCAAACCGCAACAGCAACGAUUCAAACUCGAUUACAGAAGACGAGGCUUCACCAACACCAAGGAUCAGGCUCAGUGAUGGAAGGUACUUAGCCUACAGAGAAAAGGGUGUCCCCAGGGACAAAGCACAACAUAAGAUUAUCAUUGUUCACGGCUUUGGAAGCUCCAAAGAGAUGAACUUUCUCGCACCCCAGGAACUAAUAGAUGAAUUGGGUAUAUAUUUUGUGCAAUAUGAUAGAGCUGGAUAUGGAGAAAGUGAUCCGAACCCCAAACGCUCAUUGAAAAGUGAAACACUUGACAUUGAAGAACUUGCCGAUCAGUUACAGAUAGGACACAAAUUUUAUGUCAUUGGAGUCUCAAUGGGAUCGCAUGCUACCUGGAGUUGUCUCCACUACAUCCCCCACAGGUUAGCAGGUGUGGCUAUGAUAGCACCAGUGAUCAAUUACAAUUGGGCUUCACUGCCUGAGAGUGUGGUGAGACAGGACUACAGGAAGAGACUGAUCCAAUGGGCACUUUGGCUUGCAAAAUAUUCUCCGAGACUAUUGCACUGGUUGGUCACUCAAAAGUGGCUCCCUUCAAAUUCUGUCAUUGAGAAAAACCCGGCUUUCUUCAACACUAGAGACAUUGACAUCUUGAAGAUUAUUCCCGGCUUCCCUAUGCUUACCAAGGAAAAGUUAAGGGAACAGGUUGUUUUUGACACACUCCGGGGUGAUUGGAUGGUGGCAUUUGGCAACUGGGAGUUUGAUCCAUUGAAGCUGAGCAAUCCAUUCUCUCACAACACAAGUAAAGUUCACAUUUGGCAAGGAUACGAAGACAAGGUUGUGCCCUCUCAAAUCCAGAGAUUUGUUUCAAGGAAUAUGCCAUGGAUAAAUUACCAUGAAGUUUCAGAUGGUGGACAUUUGAUUAUCCAUUAUAGUGGUUUGUGUGAGGCCGUUUUGAGGGCACUUUUACUUGGUGAAGAAAAUGUUUCAUAUAGGCCUAGACCAGAUAGAGACAUACUUGUAUCUUAAUUUAUUCUCGUGUUUUAUUCUGUUUUACAUUCUGAGCGAAUGUCAUAGAUCAUAUGUAAAUUACAUUAUUUUUCAGUUUGCUGAAAGCUUGAAGGGAUCACAUUCAUAAGUUCAAGGCAUCAUACAUCACAUUUUUCAGUUGUACCAUUGAUCCCAA